AUGGAAGUUCUCCCAGGAAUGUAUUCCAGUGCCAAACGCGGCUCCCACCUCCAUCUCAGCACUCUUGCAGUUGGGUUCUUUACCCUUGCUGCUUGGACUGGUCAAGGAACAUUACUUCGAGCAUCAGAGAGAUAUUUUGUCAGGGCCCUGCCGAAGAUCCGAGAGGCAUUACAAUCAGGAGGCGGCUCGGAUGUGAAUACAACACUAGUUUCAAUCAUCCUACUUUCCAUAUAUGAGGAAAUGGUUGCCACGAAGGACUCUGAAUUCCCUAUGAGAGCCCACUUACGAGGAGCAAUCGCAUUGAUCAAUGAGAAAGAUUCAAACCCCAUAGAGCAGACGCCAUCACAACAAGUUUUCCAUUCGAUCGAGGCUCAGAUAAUCAAAAACUCUCGGUCUUUCUCCAACCCUAUGAUCCCAACACCCAUAGUCUGGCCUUUACCACAUGCACGAGGCCCAUCACCCAAAGUAGUUCUAUCAUCAAUCGCUGCAGAGAUAGUACGACUACGACAAACCUGGGAGCGCAUGCUAAAUCAACCCCAACCCCAAGACGAUACGAAAAUAAAAACAAUACUCCGCAAAGCCAUUGAAAUCGAUAUCAACCUCGUGACAUGGACACACUGGCUUCCAGAACACUGGGUACCUACCGCAGCGACCAUGAUCCCAGAAGCAGUACGUGAGGCCGGCAUUUAUCGUAAUCGCUGUGACUGCUACGCGGAUAUGUGGAUAGCUGUGACAUGGAAUACAUUCCGCGACUGUCGCAUUCUGGUGCAGAGAAUAAUGCUCCGAUGUCUUUCCAUGGCCCGCCCACUUGAUCCCGAUGGAAGGAGGGCAAUCGCCAUCACGCAAACUAUUCAUAAGCUCGCAGACGAUGUCUGCGCUUCUGUCCCAUAUUUACUCGGAUCUCAGCUUGAAUCGGUGCGGAUGAAGCCUGGUUUGGUUACGUACCCGUGGUCAGAGACGAGGCCUGUUACCCAAACGCAUUCCAUGUCUGCGCCUCUUAUGGGCCCGUGGCAUCUCUUUCCGUUUUUGAGGAAUCUUUGUGAUUCAGAUCUGGGACUGCCUCCGGCGCAAUAUCGGUGGAUACAGGAUCAGAUCAAUCGGUGUAUGGUCAUUUACUUCCAGAGGUAG